AAGCCUUAUCGGUGUGACUUCUGCAAGCAACGUUUUCCUGAUAAAAGUGCCCUUGUUCAGCACAUCAGGACACAUACUGGAGAGAAGCCGUACAAGUGUGAUCAGUAUGAGAAAUGUUUUGCUCAGCAAGCAGCGGCUCUCCCGUCCUGCACGUGCACGCCGUGUCGGUCGGUGGUGGGGCGGCUUUCGGUGCUAGCGGUCCCGGCGAGCUCUAACGCGGUGCUGUUCCUGUCGGCAGGUGCGCGGCUGGGGACUUCGCCAGUACGAGAGGGGGCCGACUGGAGGGAUCCGGAGAUCAAGGACGAGCCGUGCGGUGUCGAGCACGGUGAUGACCCACCAGGACGAGAGGUGGCCAACGAGAAGCAGCAACCGGGGAUCGACGCCGAGCAGUAUGGUGUCGAGCACGGCGAUGACCCCGCCGAUGUCCGGGACGAGCAGCUGGGGCUGGUGGUCACCGGAAGCUACUCGCUUCGCGGCCGCCGCGAGGAGGACUCGGAGGACCUCGCCAGGGCUCUAGAGGUCUUCGCCGACACAGUGCACCCCCAACACCCUCCGCGCGUCAAUCUGGCGUCCAAUGCCGACGACAGUGACGUGCUCAGCGACGGCGCUGUGAAGGCGCACCAUGGACGUAUCGAUGAGACCAAUAGCGGCGAGAGUAGCAAGAGUCCUAGAAACAGGAGGGCGAUAAAGGGAGUGUCGCGCAGACACCUCGUUGCGAGCCCUAAGGGUAAAUACCGCGGCAGCACUUUCAUUUCAAAGUCUCAACUGGGAACGCAUGUGCGUAAACACACCCAUGAGAGGCCGUUCAAAUGUGAAACGUGUGAGCAGAGUUUUAAGAAAAAAGAAAACUUGAAGGUCCACGUCAGAACCCACACGGGUGAGAAACCAUAUCAGUGUGAAAUCUGCCAGAAGCGUUUUUCUUUGAGACAAAAUCUUAUUACACACAUUAGGACGCACACUGGUGAGAAACCUUUUCGGUGCGACUUCUGCAAGCAGCGUUUUGCUGAUAGAAGUGCCCUUGUUCAGCACAUCAGGACACAUACUGGUGAAAAGCCAUACAAGUGUGAUCAGUGUGAAAAAUGUUUUGCUCAUUCAAGUCAUCGCGGGAGACACGUCCGAACCCAACACACAAAAAAUCGAACGGUAGAUUAAUUUACAAACUUCCUUGUUUUCGUCAAAGUUUUGUACGUGUUGUUUUCCGAAAGGUAGCAUACGUAUCUGCAAAUAUCUCUAAAUACUAGUCUUUGUGUUUUUCUGAGCCUUGAAUUACUAGCUAAUGAUUGUAAUGAAAACUUUUCACUCCAAACCGCGUUUUGCUUUGUUAAUUUUCUUAUUAAUAAAAUGGAUAUCGUUGGCCAAAAUCUGAA